AUGGCGAGCUCAAAGUAUACUAGUCUGAUAGCUUUAUCAGCUCUUUUCUGCUUCUUCUUCUUCUUUGAUCGGAUCGUUCAUGCACAAAUGUCGAUUCCGGCCAAGUACGAUGGCUUCAUUUAUAAGAACCGCUCCGCGACCACUGAUUCGAUCAUGAUCGAAGCCUUCUUUGAUCCGGUCUGCCCGGACAGCAGGGACUCUUGGCCUCCUCUCAAACAAGCUCUUGAUCACUACGGCCCUCUUGUUUCUCUUAUCGUCCAUCCCUUCCCUUUACCCUACCAUGACAAUGCUUUCACUACUUCCCGUGCUUUGCAUAUUGUAAAUAAGCUGGACACAUCUGCCACAUAUGACUUGUUGGAGUUGUUUUUUAAGAAACAGGAGGAGCUUUAUAACAAACAAACCUUCAACAUGUCUAGGGAGUCCAUUGUAAAACAAGUCACGAAACUGGCGGCCAGGGCAGUUGGAAAUUCAUAUUAUUCCGCAAUUGAAGCUGCUUUUAAUGACAGGGAAACUGAUCUCCUCACAAGGGUUUCCUUCAAGUAUGGCUGUACCAGAGGGGUAUACGGGACGCCUUUUUUCUUUGUAAAUGGAUUUUCGCUACCUGAUGCUGAUCCGGCUCGUGACUAUGACGGAUGGAGAAGUGUCAUCGACCCACUGAUUGGCAAAAAGGGCAUGGAAACAGGGGACCCUAAGAUGGAUCGGUACCAGAGGGUUGAGAAGCCAAAAGCGGAGACACCGAUUGAAGCCAAUGAGAUCCGGAUUACGAGUCAGGGGAGGAUGCGAAGUUAUAUCACUUAUGCCAUGAGUCUGCUUCAGGUUGAUACCAUUAAUUUUGGACAGCUUUGUGAUCAUGAUUUGGAGAGUCUGAGUAAAAAGGGCGUGAACGUAAAAACGAAGCCGAAGAAGAGGGCUCUUUCUUCGUGGAGCUUAUUAUCUUAUCCUUAUUCGAAGAAGAAGAUGGAUCGGUACCAGAGGGUUGAGAAGCCAAAAGCGGAGACACCGAUUGAAGCCAAUGAGAUCCGGAUUACGAGUCAGGGGAGGAUGCGAAGUUAUAUCACUUAUGCCAUGAGUCUGCUUCAGGAAAAAGGUUCAACAGAAAUUGUGUUCAAGGCAAUGGGUAGAGCUAUCAACAAAACAGUAACUAUCGUGGAGUUAAUUAAGAGGAGAAUUAUUGGUCUACAUCAAAUUACGUCAAUUCAAUCCACUGACAUAACUGAUAUGUGGGAGCCCCUUGAGGAAGGCCUUCUCCCCCUGGAAACCACUAGACAUGUUUCUAUGAUCACCAUUACUCUCUCAAAGAAGGAGCUGGAUACGUCAUCUGUUGGCUAUCAGCCUCCUUUACCAGCUGACAUGGUGAAAGUGUCAACGGAAUUUGAUUAUGAAGGAGAAAGAUCACCCACUGGUCAAAGGGGACGUGGUGGUAGAGGACGGGGAAGGCCUAGAACUUUUUCUGGGAACGGCUUCGCCUCUUCUGAAUACGAAGAUGGGGGUUACAAUCGGGGCUAUGCCAGGGGUAGAGGUCGAGGAAGAGGUCGUAAUUUCCAUGGCCGUGGAAGGGGAUGGUACAAUGGUCCUCCGAUGGAUACCCGCCAAGAUGCAGGAGACUACAACCAAGAAGCACCUUAUCGGGGCCGAGGUCGCGGCCGUGGUAGGGGAAAUCGUGGGAGGGGUCGUGGGUUCAGAUCCAAUGGGCCGAUCCAUGCAGCUGCUGUUGGUGCUUAGCUGCUUUCUACCUUGAAAUCAUUGAGGAGCUUAUGUUUUAUCACAUAUUGGAUGCCUGCUCCAUUUCUAUGUCUAUUUUUAUUUCUUUCGUCUUAGUAUUAACUGUAGGCCGUAGAUCUGUAACCCAUUAUAGACUAAUUUUAGAGGUUCGAGUCUGCGACCCUUAAAUGGUGUCCUUUUUUGUAUUUGUUUCCUUUUUACAUGUGUACCUUCUUUAUUCGUUUUGUAGAAGUAGGUCUGAUGCUUGAUCUAGUGUAACCUGUUCAGUGAGCAGCACAUUCAUUUAUUUAUUUGUGUUUGGAAAUCCUUUGGUGUCAAACUCAUGCAAUACUUCAUCUUUGGACAAUAAAUUACUUGUUAGUAUCU